GGCCUGUCGGCGGCCGAAGGUGAUCCCGUAGGGAGCCCACCCCCGCCAGCGCCGGGUCCUCCUGGUCCCGCCCACACGUCAGAGAAGUUGUGGCUAGGUUAAUCCAGACCGAGAUGUGCCGGGGCGGGGCCGGCUGUUGCUGUAUAGAGUUUAAACCAAUCAGCCCUCGGCUCCACUUCUCUCGACCAAUGGGAAGUGGGCAAAGGCGCAGAGGCGGAAAGUGUGACUACACGAGCAGGAUUCAGAGCCAAUCAGUCGUGGGCCUCGUUCCCGUCCGCCAACCAGCGGCGAGAGCGGGCCCGUGGGCGGGAGGCCGGAGCAGCUGUCAGGCUGAAGUCCAGCGAGAGACGCGCAGUGGGGCGCCGGGAGGAAGCACCCAGCCGGGCCUGGCCCUGGAGAUGGUCCCCGGUGCUGCCGGCUGGUGUUGUCUCGUGUUCUGGCUCCCUGCGUGCGUCGCGGCCCACGGUUUACGCAUCCAUGACUAUUUGUACUUCCAAGUGCUGAGUCCUGGAGACAUUCGAUAUAUCUUCACAGCCACCCCAGCCAAGGACUUCGGUGGGAUCUUUCACACGAGGUAUGAGCAGAUCCACCUUGUCCCUGCUGAACCCCCAGAGGCCUGUGGGGAACUCAGCAACGGUUUCUUCAUCCAGAACCAGAUCGCUCUGGUGGAAAGGGGCUUCUACGUGGAGAUGAUCCAGGACAGCACCCAGCGCACGGCUGACAUCCCUGCCCUCUUCCUGCUCGGCCGAGAUGGCUACAUGAUUCGCCGCUCCUUGGAACAGCAUGGGCUGCCAUGGGCCGUCAUUUCCAUACCAGUCAAUGUCACCAGCAUCCCCACCUUUGAGCUGCUGCAACCGCCCUGGACCUUCUGGUAGAAGAGUUGGUCCCACAUUCCAGCCAUAAGCAACUCUGCCCUGGGAAGGGGCAACCCAGGAAUUCUGCUGUUUGGGAGUUGGGGAGAGCAUCUGGGGAUGGGGUGGGGGGAGGGCUGCAGAUAGAGGGGAAAGGGAAGCCACCCAAUUGGCCUUCCCUCCCCCAGGGCCCCAAGGGUACCUCAUGCUAUGAGAAGAGGGAAGAGCCAGGCCCCAGGGCACCUGGCUAGUAUCUAGAAAAGGGGUCAAAGGCAGGUGGCCUGAGAGUCAUCUGUGACCUGUCACAUCCCCCCUGGCUCCAGCCUCCCUUACCAAGGGUCUUCCCACAUUGCCCUUCACAGCUUCUCCACCGGCAGUUGCUGGAGGGGCCUAAAGAGCUAGCGUUUGGAGACUCAAUAAAUCCUUACUGACUUUUCAGCAAUAAAGCUACUCAUCAGGGUU